AUUUUUGACCUCAUUGUCUCAGGACAUUUACUCCGAUGAGCCAGUAUUUGUUAGCAUACGUUAUUAGAUCUCUUUUCAAUCCAUACAAGCAUCUGGGAAAAGCUGUAUCCAAUGGCUAUCUAGUCAGCUAGGCGUAUUCAGUCUGGUUUUGUUAACACGCGGUGUAAUGUUAGCCACUUUUAGCAUUUUACUGUUGGUCACUUUGGCUAACUUAAUGGUAACGUCGAUUGUCGUUUGAACGGAAGGGCAGCUUUGGUUGAAAUGUUAUACCGUUAGUUAAGUUACUUAAUUAACUAAACAAAUAGCCGUCUAGAUCUGAAUUUCCGGCUACGUUGUAGCGUUACAAUUCAACCUUACCGUUCGAUUUUGUGUCAAUUCCAAGCUAGUAGUAUAUUAGCCAGUUUCCGUCGGCGAUUGUAAAAACAUGUAUAAUGAUAAACUUAACUUGCUACGUAGAAGACUAUAUCGUGUGAAAUUGCGGUUAGAAUAUUUAUUGGUUCGCUAAUGGAGUCCAGGUUACACUUAAACCUGUCUGGCAAUGUCCAGCACAAGUUGGAAACCGUUUGUAUUCGGAGGGCUGGCUUCAGUUACUGCCGAGUGUGGUACUUUCCCGAUCGACCUGACAAAAACUCGUCUGCAAGUCCAAGGGCAAGUCGGCGACAGUAAGUACAAAGAGAUCCGCUACCGUGGAAUGCUGCACGCCUUCGUGAGGAUAUGCAGAGAGGAAGGCCUCUGGGCUCUGUACUCCGGAAUCGCCCCGGCCAUGCUCCGGCAAGCCUCAUAUGGGACUAUAAAGAUUGGUACUUACCAGAGCUUCAAAAGAUUGCUGGUGGAGAGGCCGGAGGAUGAAACGCUGAUCACGAACGUGCCCUGCGGCAUACUUUCCGGGGUUAUCUCCUCCUCUAUCGCCAACCCCACGGACGUGCUCAAGAUCCGGAUGCAGGCACAGGGAAAUGUCAUUCAGGGAGGCAUGAUGGGAAAUUUCCUGGACAUCUACCAGCAGGAGGGAACGCGAGGGCUCUGGAAGGGAGUGUCCCUGACUGCUCAGAGGGCGGCCAUUGUAGUGGGGGUGGAGCUUCCGGUCUACGACCUCACUAAAAAGCACCUGAUCCUGUCUGGUCACAUGGGAGACACGGUGUACACACACUUCCUGUCCAGCUUUGUGUGCGGCCUGGCCGGGGCUCUGGCCUCCAACCCGGUUGACGUGGUCCGCACUCGCACGAUGAACCAGAGGGCCCUGCUGGGAGGGGCCAACGCGGGCUAUAAGGGCACUGUGGACUGCCUGCUGCAGACGCUGCGGUCCGAGGGGUUCUUCGCUCUCUACAAGGGGUUCUUUCCUAACUGGCUGAGGCUGGGUCCUUGGAAUAUCAUUUUCUUCAUCACGUACGAGCAGCUGAAGAAGCUGGACGUGUGACCGGGACGGCCCUGCAGGGAGGCGGCUCCGCAGAUCCGCGCGAGCCGAUUGGCCGACGGGGUCCCUAGCGACAGCGGAACGUCCGGGUUCCUCCGGGAGAGGGACCUACCAUCGCCAUCGCCGCUCGGCGCAAGCGCUUUUCCCGACUGAACGCGUGUUUCUGGUCAAAUAGCACACUUAACUCCCUGGGAAUGAUGCUGUCCGCCCCUCCCCUCUUAAUAAGGCGUUUUUAUUCCCUCCUCUUGCAACUUGUGCACGUUGUGGAGUACAAUCAGAAAUUUUCUAGGCUGAUCAUUAACACGCGAUGAGCACACGUCACUCUUCUCGCGGUAGGCGUGAGAGGGCGGUCCAGUUCCGGCUGUUGUGCGAUGUUGCAUUGCGGAAUACGUGUGAUCGCGCUUCGCUCACUAUGUCAUGCCACGCACAGUGUAACCUUUCUUGCCUGUCCACAACAAGUGAAUUAUUUGUUACAGUUACAGUGUUUGUUAUACCAUAUACCUUUGUGUGGCUUUACUGGAACCAAAGCACCUGUGAUGAGUGAGGUUUGAUUGCAAUAACUGAGUUCUGCUCCGUUUUUUAUGGCUUUGACUUAACGGAUUUUUAAAUGAUCCCAGUUGCUUGUGGAGGGGGGGGGGGGAGGGGUCUGGGGUCUGUUUUAUCUGCCAUUCAUUAGAUAAGUCUUACUGUGCAAUUUACUAUUAGCGUAAGUUUUUUAUGGAUACAGUAUUACAUUUGGAAACGUCACGUGUAUAUCUGAAGUUUGCUUUCCACAGGCGGGUUCAGUCUGCUACAGAAUCAUGUGCUGUGAACUCUGAUGAUUGCGCCAGGACGUAGAAAAGGAUGUCCGAAGGUGCUGAACCACAUGGCUCGCGGCGGUGUGUAUUUCUGAAACUUUUUUUUGACGGACAUAGCUCUCCAUUACUAGCUUAUUCGUCAAAAGCACAAGACACUAUUUCCAUCCUGUUAUAACACAGGUAGUAAUUUGAUCUGUAGAAACCGCAACAGAAAUUAUGCAGCUGUUUAACAGCAAACAUGCACGUUAUGCUAAUUAUAUGCUAUAUUGCUAUAUUUGCAUUGGUGUAUUUAAGUUGUGCGAGCAGGAAAGGCCUUGUAUGCUCUUUGUGCAUGUUAGUGUCUCAUAGCAACCUUUGCCUUUACUAUUUUUGAUUGUUAUGUAAUACAUGUAAAUGCACAGUGGGCAGGCAUAUGAGAGCUAAGGAAACCUAACCCGGUUUCAUAGCUCUGGCAGCCUUCCAACGUACACUCGCACAUUCUGUACCAGAUCUACCAAACGGUACUAUUUAUGAACUGCUGAAACGUUACUGCUAAAUAUUACUCGACGCCUCUUUAACUUUGUAGUUACUUUCUCAUAGGAACCAUGUGGACCAAGAGCUGUAAAUGCAAUUGUUAGACUCUGAGGUGUCUGUUAAGGAACCAGUUUAUUGCUGAAAACUAAUGUCAUGUAAUUACCGGGACAAAAUUAAUAACAUUAUUUAUUAUUAUUAAAAUGUGUCACAGACUCGAGUUUUUGUAUCUAUUUAGGUUCUCUGAAUAUUUGUCCCUUUUAUAUUCUUGUGGGGAUUGUUUUGUAAUGGACAGGACGGCUGAGAGAAUCCUUGCCUGUACCAGUUAAAGAGGACUGGCUUUUCCAAUUAUUAUUAUUAUUAUUUUUUGAUACAGUGUGGUGUGUGCCGUGUAUUUAGAACUUUGGGUAUUGUGCUGCAUUUGAGAGAAAUAUGGUUUUCCUUGUUUGGUAUAUAAGUGCUUCCUGUCAGUGGGCUUCCUUACAGGGGAACGGAAGGACUUCUCUCUGACCAUUGCUGUCAGAUCUCCUCCUGUGCUGAAGUAUUUGUUAUGUAAUAACACUCAGUACGGUUGAGAUCAGAAGGGCUCACUGCUGAAUGUCAUGGGAUGUGGAGAAGGGGAUCGCCUGUGCAUUUAAACUCCUCUGCUUGCCGGGUACGGACAGGCCGACUGCUCAUGCCAUGAAACCUGCCCCCCCUUCUUGGCUUUCAUGCCACAAAUGCCGGAUGCUAUUUUUUACGGAGAGAGUCAGGAAAGGCUACUGAGCAUGAAUGUACAGACUAUGAAUCGCAAUUUGAAAGUGCCAAUGGACUGCUACAGUUCAUUUUUUUGAUUGAGGUUUAUCCAUAAGUCUGUGUUUUGUCUCCAAAGAGGCUUAAAGCUUUUUAGUAAAUCUUUGAGAUUUUACUUGUUCUGAUCCUAAAGCCCUUGUUUGUGCGGGUGAACCUUCAGGAGAAAUAUGGGUAAGAUUAUGCCUAGAGCCAAUCACUGAGCAAAAGUGGCGGUAUUGGUGUAAAUCUCAUCAAGUUUUUUGAGCAGGUGACAUCUGUUUUGCAAGUUAAAAGCCUGGUUUGUCAUCUCAAACUAGUGGACAAAUACUAGGCAAAUUUGUAUGUAGAGUCUAAGUGUGCUCUCUUGCGAACUCUGGUUGAAUGAAUAAUUCAGUUUGAAUGUAUAUCCUUGCCAAUGAAAACCAGUAUCAUGAUGUGCAAAAUUGAAUAAAAAUAAAGAAGUGUAUUUUUCAGAUGAAUAUGUUUACUUGUGGAAAACUCAGUGUAAUGGUGGAGGCACCCCCCUUUCCACCCUAGCCAACAAAGUACUGAAUAUAAAUGUAUGAAAGUAUGUAAAUGGUUAAUAAAUUAAUAUCAUUUAUGCGCUAA